GGAGGAGGCCCGGCCGACUUCGUGGCUCUCCUCCCUCCGGAGGUCAGCUCCCGGAUUUUCAGCGAUCUGGACGUUGAGAGCUUGUGUCACGCGGCCGUGACGUGCAAGGGCUGGCACCGCGUCAUCGAGAGCAACGACCGCUUAUGGAGGCACCACUGCUUGAGCGUGAGGGCUGUCUGCCAGCGGGAGAUCGACUGCGAUCGAGGAAAUGGAUAUUCCUGGAAGAUCACAUUACUGAGAAACUACUGGAAAAGCAAAGUGAAGCAAGAAUGGCUGAGUGGGAAAUACAGCAACAUUCCUUCACAAAACAGCUUGCCAGAGAAAAGCAUGUAUCCGAUGGACGUCGACACAUGGGGAGAAAUCCUGGAAGCAGAACUUGAGAGAUGA